UCUUUGCUCUUUGUGCCCCCGUGGCAACGCCGUAAGUGAGAUUUUCCUGCACAAAGCGUAAAUAACAUAAAUAAGUUGUUGCAAUAAAUAUGGAUCUAAACUUGAAACCUUCCUUGGCUGCCGACGAAAUGUUUUCCGAAGGCCCUGGCUACAUGGAGAUGGACGAGUCCGGCGGAGCCACAGGAAUGAUGAUGGAUCAUCUGCCCUCGAACGAUAAGCACGUCCACGCCGACUUCUACAACGAUUUUGACGAUUUGUUUGACGAUGACAACUGGGCAAAGAUGAAAUCGGAUGCCAAGCAGUAGACUUUCAAAGGAUCACCACAUUGUAUUCAGAGGUUUAAGAGAUCAGCGUCUGCAGUCUGAUAUCUGUAUUUGUGUCUGUAGCUUUAACAUCAAUCAUCUGCGAUUUUUGGUUCAUAAUAAAUGGAUUCAACUAUUGUUUAA